AUGUGUGAAAAAAAGACUUUAAGCAAAAGUUGUUCACUGGGACGCUGUAUCCAAAGGAGGCUCAAGUGCAAUGAUGACAAUGAUUGUGGCGAUUACAGCGAUGAGGAUGACUGUGAAUCGUACAGGUCCCCCUGCAAGAAGGUCUUGGAGCCUUUGGAAAUAGGGCAGACCGCAGGGUCAGGGAAGCUCGUCUGUUUUUUUUCAGCUUCAAAAACGGAAAAGCCCAUCAUCAAGGAUGUGCUGUCAUUUGUAACUGGCGGUGACACAGUAUUUCUGACCAAGCUAAAUGUGCUGCUGUCUGAGAGAAAGCAGCCUCUCGAUGUCUCUCUAUACACAGACUGGGCCAGCUCACUGAUCCACGCUGCAGCAUUAGUGAGGCAACAGUUGAAGCCAGUCUACAGUUUGGUGCCAACCACGAUGAGGGAUGCCUCAGUGAUCCGGCAGAACCUGGAGCGAGCUACGUCUGACUAUGAAGCGGAGUACAGUAUCUGUAAGUGUGCCCCGUGUAUGAACGGUGGCACGUUGAUCCAACUGGAUGGCCAAUGUCGGUGUCUGUGCACCAUGAUGUUCCAGGGGCUAGCCUGUGAAAUAUCCAAACCUCAAAACAAAGGCAAAGCAGGUUACACCAAUGGGCAGUGGAGCUGCUGGUCAGCGUGGUCCUCCUGUAGCAACAGCCAACAAGUGCGUAGCCGACAGUGUGUGGGCACACAGGGAGGCGGAGAGCCAUGCCAAGGGGAGAACCAGGGCACCCGUCACUGCUGAGAGCCAAGACUGUGUGGAGGAGGCAGAGCGAGCUCAGGUCCAGCAGCUGAUUACCCAGCUGGCACCACAGCCAACUUCCAUCAGUGGCACAUCUGUUCAACACUCAUAAUAAACUGUUCCAAAAACA